AUGAAAUAUUUAACUAAUUAUACUUAUUUUUAUUCAAUAACAAACAAUAGAUGUAUGAUUAACUCACAAAGAUGUAUAAAUGGAGCUUCUUCAAUGAUUGGAAAUCGUUAUUUCUCAACUGACAAGAAUGUCUCAAAACAAGUCGAAGAUAUCGUUGGACAAAUCGAAAAGUUGAGUUUACUUGAAGUUAUUGAAUUGACCAGUUUAUUACAAACUAGAUUAGGUAUUCCAGAUAUUGAUAUAGGAUCAUUGGGAGGUGGUGCUGCUCCAGCUGGUGCUGCUGCUCCAGCAGCCGCCGCAGCUGCCCCACCAAAAUCAGAGUACCAAGUACGUUUGACAAAGGUACCAGAGGGUGCUAAAUACAAGAUUAUUAAAGAGUUAAGAGAGAUCAAGCCAUCACUAAGUUUAAUGGAGACCAAGGGUCUCGUUGAAAAGUUACCAUCUGUCAUCGCUGACAAGGUUUCAAAGGAGGAAGCAGAUAAGAUUAUUGCCAAGAUUAAGGCUGCCGGUGCUGAAAGUGAGGCUGCUUAA